CCAUAUUUGGUAGGCCCAAUUGGUCCUCGAAGUCAAGCACUACUCCAUCCAUCUAUCGUUCGUACAAAUUCGACACGUAUCGUGAAAGAUGAGGUACACGUGAUUAUGGAAUAUAAACAGGGUGAAAUACUUGGUGAAUAUGUUGCACCUGCUUCGUCACGUUUCAUCACUUCGCAUGACCAGUACAGCGGAAGUGCCGUUGUGAUUGAAAUGUUUUUCAAAGCAAUAGCUCAGUUUAAUCCGGAUCUCAUCAUUCUCACCGGCGUCCAUCUUCUCCAGAAUCAGGUAAUCGAACUUGUUUGGAUAUAG